UCUCACCUGUGGCCUUGUCCCCCAGCAGGUUGGCCCAGCAUGUCAGUCAGCGUCCACGAGACCCGCAAGUCGCGGAGCAGCACGGGGUCCAUGAACAUCACCCUCUUCCACAAGGCCUCACACCCCGACUGCGUGCUGGCCCACCUCAACACCCUGCGUAAGCACUGCAUGUUCACAGAUGUCACGCUCUGGGCGGGCAACCGUGCCUUCCCCUGCCACCGCGCUGUGCUGGCUGCCUCCAGCCGCUACUUUGAGGCCAUGUUCAGCCACGGCUUGCGGGAGAGCCGGGACGACACGGUCAACUUCCAGGACAGCCUGCAUCCCGAGGUGCUGGAACUGCUGCUUGACUUCGCCUACUCGUCCCGCAUCGCCAUCAACGAGGAGAAUGCCGAGUCGCUGCUGGAGGCCGGCGACAUGCUGCAGUUCCACGACGUGCGCGACGCAGCAGCCGAGUUCCUCGAGAAGAACCUCUUCCCCUCUAACUGCCUGGGCAUGAUGCUCCUGUCGGACGCCCACCAGUGCCGCAGGCUGUACGAGUUCUCCUGGCGCAUGUGCCUGGUGCACUUCGAGACGGUGCGGCAGAGUGAGGACUUCAACAGCCUGUCCAAGGACACCCUGCUGGACCUCGUCUCCAGCGACGAGCUGGAGACGGAGGAUGAGCGGGUGGUCUUUGAAGCCAUCCUCCAGUGGGUGAAGCAUGACCCUGAGCAGCGGAAGGCCCACCUGCCCGAGCUCCUCCGUGGCGUGCGGCUGGCCCUGCUGCCGUCCGACUGCCUGAAGGAGGCCGUCCGCAGCGAGGCCCUGCUCCUGGCGGACGAGCGCACCAGGCUCAUCCUGGACGAGGCCCUCCACUGCAAGAGCAAGAUCCUGCAGAAUGACGGUGUGGUCACCAGCCCCUGCGCCCGGCCACGCAAGGCAGGCCACACGCUGCUCAUCCUGGGCGGCCAGACCUUCAUGUGCGACAAGAUCUACCAGGUGGAUCACAAGGCCAAGGAGAUCAUCCCCAAGGCGGACCUGCCCAGCCCCCGGAAGGAGUUCAGCGCCUCAGCGAUCGGCUGCAAGGUCUACGUGACCGGGGGCCGGGGCUCUGAGAACGGGGUCUCCAAGGAUGUGUGGGUGUAUGACACCGUCCACGAGGAGUGGUCCAAGGCAGCACCCAUGCUGAUUGCCCGCUUUGGCCAUGGCUCUGCCGAGCUGGAGAACUGCCUCUACGUGGUUGGGGGACACACGUCCCUGGCAGGCGUCUUCCCGGCCUCCCCUUCCGUCUCCCUGAAGCAGGUGGAGAAGUACGACUCCGGCGCCAACAAGUGGACAAUGGUGGCCCCGCUGAGGGACGGUGUCAGCAAUGCCGCGGUGGUGAGCGCCAAGCUGAAGCUCUUUGUCUUCGGAGGGACCAGCAUCCACCGGGACAUGGUGUCCAAAGUGCAGUGCUACGACCCCUCGGAGAACCGGUGGACCAUCAGGGCCGAGUGCCCCCAGCCCUGGCGGUACACAGCCGCCGCUGCUCUGGGCAGCCAGAUCUUCAUCCUGGGAGGUGACACGGAGUUCACGGCCGCCUCGGCCUACCGCUUCGACUGCGAGACCAACCAGUGGACGCGGGUCGGGGACAUGACUGCCAAGCGCAUGUCUUGCCAUGCCCUGGCCUCGGGCAAUAAGCUCUAUGUGGUGGGGGGCUACUUCGGGACCCAGAGAUGUAAGACCCUGGACUGCUACGACCCCACCUCGGACACGUGGAACUGCAUCACCACGGUGCCCUACUCACUCAUCCCCACUGCCUUUGUCAGCACCUGGAAGCACCUACCCUCAUGAAAGCCCAGCCAGACUGUGUGUUUCUCCCCACCCCACGCCGCAGCGCUCGUUGGAGUUGACCUGAUGUGUCUGCUGCAGCGGGAAGCUCAAGUCCACUGCAGGCCAGCCGCACUCCAGAUGGCUGGAAGCCGCCCCCAAGCUCGGAGCAGUGGCUUCAGGACCAUUCUGAACUUCAGACAGAAGAGAAGCCGCCUCUAGCACCCUGUGUGUCGCCUGAGGCUUUUCUGCUUUGCAGUGGUUUGCAGGGGGGAACACCUGCCAGAGGGGCGUGGACGGACUCCAGGGCUCCUCGGCCUCAGGGAGGACACAUCUGCAGAGCUGUGAGGUCCCCCGUUUCAGCAAGUCCUGGAUGGGGGCUGGCGGCCCGGCAGGGGAGAGCCCCGGGGUUGGGGGGCCCUGAGGACCCAGCCUGUGACUCCGGGCUUCCCUGGCGGUAUUGGGAUGUUAUCCCACAGAGACUGACUCAGGUUUCAGGGGAACAAGGUCCUCCAGGACUAAGGCAGAAGUUGCCAAGAAGAAAAUGAAGGACACAUGUGAAGAGCAGAAACCUGUCAGCUGACCUGUGACACCCAGACCCCCUGGGUUAGAGGGAACUCCUUUGGGCCCCUCCCCAGAAUCCGGCCUUGCCCUCAGCGACCUGGCCACCUCCCAGGCAGGCCGGCCACACCCCAGGAGGCUGCUCCCCGAUGCCCAGGCCUAACCACACGGCAGGACCCAGGUGAACCUGGGUGACAGUGCUCUUAGACAAGCGGAUGCCCUCGGGCCACCUUGUCUCCUCCCCUCCUCAGAGCCCACCCCAAGAAGCAGCAAUGACCCCCUCUCUGGAUAGGACCACCCUGGCCCUACCUUCCGAGACUAGGAGCAGGUAUGAACCGGAACCGCUGAGCGACUCCAGAGCAGCCACUACAGCCCUCAGCAGGGCUGGAGUCAUCCCUGUGGAGGAGGCCGCAGGGCCCGGGACUCCUCCCGGCCCCCAGCCCCCUGCCAGCACCCACUGCCCUCGGGCACUGUGGCCUUCCAGCUGGCAGCUGGAUCUGGCCCAUUUGCCCUUGGAGCUCAAAACGUAGGAAUGGCAGAAACCGGCCAAGCAUCUGCUCCUUCCCCUCCCGAAUCCGGGGGCCUUCCCCAGCGUACCCCUGUCCUGGGGCCCUGGAGAGCCGGCUGCUUUGCUGUAGGUGCUGUGCGGCAGCUGCCCUGAAGCCACGCGCCUCUGGUCCCGGGGGAGGCCCGGCCCGGGAGGGGGCCGCCCUGGCGCCCGGGUUCACAGGCCCUGCUGUGGGGUUAGGCCCAUUGAAUGGCCGAGUGGGCACAAGCACAUUUCUCACGGCACAAAGAACCUCGCAGCGGUACUUCCCCGGGAUUUGUGUUGCUUUUAUCCAUUUCUAACUUAAUAAAGAGAAAAACAUUUCUCUAUGGUUCUGGGACCUGCCUUGGGGGUCACAGGCCUGGGCAGACCUCGACUUCCGCCCACCGGGUCAGGGCCGUGGCCGCCCCGCGGGCCAGUGGGGCUGGAGAGGCUGCAGGACACCCCUAUUUUACGCACCUCACUGCUGCGGCUGCGGCCGCGGCCCUGCUGCUGGUCUCCCGAAACCCGGGCCGCCGCGCCCUGCCACGUGCCCAUCUUCCUGUGAGGUCCCCGCGCGGAGGCUUCUGGGUUCCCUCGGGAGUCGUUGCGGCUGCCCGGCGCCCGCCCUGGGCCCCUGCCGCGCGUGCGCACCUGGCGCCCCGGAGCCCGUGGCAGGGGCGGGGCGCUGGGCUCAGCCCGCACCCCCCGGGCCGCUGGGGCCGAGCUGCGUGCCCCCGUCCCCGCGCCUCUGCUCCGCCCGCCAGUGACAGGCCCCCCAAAGCCCAAAUGGGGCUUGAACGCCUCAGAUGCUGACGGGGCUAUCGACACAUUUCCAAUAAAAAUGAUCAUCGCGUGGACGAGCGGAUCUCAAAAGUGGGGUGUGAGUAGAACAAGCAACCCCAGGCAUCGCCCUGGGAGGGCCGCCGACAGGCCGGGACUGGACGCUGUCCUUCAGAAACCAGGCGACACCCCGCUGUAGACACAGCCUGUGCGGUGCGUGAGGCGUGUGCCCCGUUUUCGCAGACGGAAGGGAGCCCAGGCCCCGUGGGGUACGGCCCAGCCAGCCCCCUUUCCUGUCGCUCUGACAGCUUCCACGCGAGGCUUCUGUCUCCUGGCCCAACGUGACCACCCAGCCCCUACCAUCCCGUCUGCAUUCCAGCCGGUAGGAAGGGAAGAUGUGACCAGCAAGCCUCUUUAAGGGCAUGACCCCAGACUCGCACAUAAUUCCUGAAUGCUGGCACGGGAGGCUGGGGAGUGAUAGCUGUUCCUCAGGACACUGUCACUAAAGAGGAGGGUGCAUACAGAAGGACAAGUAGUAGCUUGUGCAACUCCCUGUGGGUCUGCAGUUGCAAGGGCCUUGCCUGCACUGCCCUGCUCACCCUUCCUGGAGUGGGUGAAGCAGGGCGUGCAGAGCCUCAGCCACCUUGCAGACGCCCACCGGUGUGCUAGCAGGGGUCAGGCCCAGUGGUCUGCUGACCAGAGCUUUGAAUAACCUCCUUUAAUCCUCAUGACCCUGGGA